AUGUCUAAAGUGGGUGUUGCCCAAUUGCAGACGCGACUUGACGGUUUGCUGGCAUUUCUCAAUCCUCACUGGGAUUUUGUCAAUUGUCACAUGGUUAAUUACUUGACGGACCAACACUGGGAAGGUUUUCUUCCCGAGACAUUAAGAAGCGACAUAUCUGGCAAGGAGAGUGUGGAUAUGGCUAUAGAAAAUUUAUUUUGGAAAAAUGAUGAAUCAGUAAAAACAUUUCUACAUUGGAGGCAAUUUUUGGAUAAGGGCAAGCAACAACACCUUGCGCAUCAUUCGGAAUUGCUGACCAGCGUGGAGAAAUUAAUAAAGGGACAGGAUAACGUAGUUCAGCUUAGCAUCCGGGAGUUUAUGAGCGCCAAAAAGUGUCACGAGGUGGAACUAACAGCAGCUCUUGUGAACCAUCUCAUAAAAAACUCAUGCCAAGACUGCUACAUAGUGGAUGCGGGCGAUGGUAAAGGUUAUUUGUCCUCCCGUCUUGCGCUUCAGUAUGGCCAUCGCGUGCUGGGCAUUGAUGCCAACGCGGAAAACUCACAAAACGCCCUAAGCCGCAAUCGCAAACUGCAGCGCGCUUGGAAUGGUCUUACAGAACGAGCGGAGCUGCAGAGCCAAGGAAUCACCCCAAAGAGGCGAGGAAAAAAGUCACCUACGAGAGAUUCCACAAAAAGUGUACCUGCUUUGGAAAACUACAAAACUAUUGCCAGAUUUAUAACGACGGAACUCAAUUUUGGCUCUCUGCUGGCUGAACAUUUCCAACAGCUACCGCAAGAACGGAAUCCCAACAUUUGCUUGACUGGAUUGCACACCUGUGGUAAUCUGGCCGCCACCUGCUUGCAAGUGUAUCAUGCCCAAAAAGACUGCCGAUUACUCUGUAACAUUGGCUGCUGUUAUCAUUUAUUGAAAGAACGCUACUCAAAACAAGAAUUCUUUGGCAACAAGGCCGUGAUGGACAUGCAAACGGACUACGGAUUCCCUUUGAGUCAGUAUCUACAAAAGCGACAAGUGCGAAUGGGUCGCAAUGCCCGGAUGCUUGCGGCCCAGUCAAUCGAACGAACUUUGGAUUCCAAGGAGCUACCAAAUGUAACGCUCUAUUACCGAGCUCUUUUGGAGGUCCUGGUUUGUCGACAUGCUCCGCAGCUGAAGAAUGAACUGCAGGUCGGCAAGAUGCGCAAAAUCGAAAACUUCCAGGAAUACAUUCAAAAAUGUGCCACAAAAUUAGAUGCUCCUUGGUUGGCCGCUAUCACGGCGGACGAACUUAAUUCCCUGCUCCACGAAUUUUCAUUGGAUAAGCAUUAUUUGGACCUUUUCUAUCUCAUGCGAAUGUCCUUCGCUCCGAUCCUAGAGAGUUUGAUCCUUCUCGACCGGAUGCUCUACCUUAAGGAACUUGGCUAUGAACACAGCUAUCUUAUAGAUUUAUUUGAUCCCGUCAUAUCUCCCAGGCAUUUCGCAAUCAUUUCUAUUAAGCCUCUGACGUAAUGAUGUUCAUAUAAUAAUGCAUAAAAAAUUUGACAGGGAAAGUCUUUUCUGGGUAAUAGUUAAUUAAUGAAUUAAUGAAUUAAUUAAUUUUUAAACAGUUUACAUUUGAUGAUGAUGAUGAAAGUCUCCGCCUA